UCGUUCUUUUCCACGCACAAAUACAAAUAAACCCGCACUCCCAAGCUGAAGAGGAGAGAGAGAGAGAGGAAGAAAGAAACGCAAGCUUGACCUCUCUUUGUGAAACCCGGGAAAUCCCAGAGAUGAUUCUUUUUUAGAUUUCCCUCAGAUCUCUUUUUCUUUGUAAAAGAAAUCUGGGUUUUUGUUUUAUUUUUUUGCUUUUAUCUGUUGGGUUGGUUUUAGAAAAGAAGGAAACCUAUGUCUACCCCAUCAAGGAAGAGGCUGAUGAGAGACUUCAAGAGGCUCCAGCAGGAUCCACCGGCUGGUAUUAGUGGGGCUCCUCAAGAUAAUAAUAUCAUGCUUUGGAACGCUGUUAUUUUUGGGCCUGAUGAUACUCCUUGGGAUGGAGGUACGUUCAAGUUGACUUUGCAGUUUACUGAGGAUUAUCCAAAUAAACCUCCAACUGUCCGGUUCAUCUCAAGAAUGUUUCAUCCAAAUAUCUAUGCAGAUGGAAGUAUUUGUCUGGAUAUUUUACAAAAUCAGUGGAGUCCAAUAUAUGAUGUUGCAGCUAUACUCACCUCUAUCCAGUCUCUACUUUGUGAUCCAAACCCAAACUCUCCAGCAAACUCUGAAGCUGCUCGUAUGUUUAGUGAGAAUAAGCGGGAAUACAACCGAAGAGUGCGUGAAAUUGUGGAGCAGAGCUGGACCGCUGACUGAGUCCAGUAAAGCACCAAUAACCUGUGUCAUUCUGUGAAAAUAAAAUGUGCUGGUGGUGCUUGUGAAGUUGAAGACUGUUUUCCAAACCUUUUGUUAGGGAGUGGACUAGUGUAGUCUGUUUUCGUGUGCAUUGUGCAAAGACGAUUUUUUUGAAUGAUUUGAUUUCUGUCUCUUAGACAGCUUUGCUUUUGCUGAUUUCUGAAUGUUGAAUCCUAUUCUUUACACAUCUUUCUUGUAAUGUGGCUGUCAGUUUCGCUAGUAGCAUCUGUAUAUGAGUAUCUUUGUGGUACUAAUGUCCCAGGCAAGAGAAUCCUUGCUCUUAGAGACCAAAUUGGAGGAGCUUUUCAUUGUAAUUGAAUUAGUAAGAUAAUUCAAACAAUGUGAAUGGCUGCUAGGAACUCCUGUUUUUGCUUAAAUCUAGUCAGAUUUGCUGGUUGUUUUGCUUA